UGGUUCUCUAAAUAACAAAAUUUUGAAUAAUUCGAAUAUUUAAUCAAUUUAUGUUCGGGUUUGGUACUAUAUUUUCGGAUCGGUAUCGGUUAUGUUCCUUGGAUUCAUUUUGUAAAACCUUAAUAAUAACAUGAAAAACAAAUAUCAACAUAUUUUUCAAAAUAUAUAUCCGCGCGCCUACGCGGAUCAAAAUCUAGUACAUGCAUUAUGAAAGCUAACAGUUCAAUUAGUAAUAAAUGAUUUGACUGUUAUUGUGGUUUUUUGUAAUAUCAAAAUUUAGCUACAUAACAAAUAUGUUUUCCAAACCCAAGAGUAAAUUGUAAGGCUUAAUGUUGCAGUGAUAAUCGUAGACGCGCAGUCUGUCUGUUCUCUUUAGUGCAGCUGAUUUACAACAGUAGGUACAAUUUUCAAGUGGAUCUACUGUAUUUAAUUACCAUGUUCUAAAACAACAGUCUCUAUAGUGAAUAUUUCUCCACCGUCGCGUAACAGAACACGUUUUCUUUGUGCUCGAGCCUCGUCAAUAGCUAAUAAUAUGAAUUGUACACCCUAAAAGUUAAACUAAUGUAAAAUUUGGAAGCUGCAGAAACUUAAUUAAAAAGCGCAAAUAGCGUAACUUUCUGUUUCAUGAGACUGAAGGAAAUAAAGUCAAAAGUGCGCCAUCAAAUAAUAUAGACCGUGUUUGUACACGUAAAUCAUCUGUAACUAACAGUAAUAGUGAUUAAGUUGUAUACGUUGUUUCCUGGUUUCAUCUCAUCGAUAAAGACUUAAACGGUUGGUUUCUUCGUACGAAGAUAUGACAUAGUGUUUUUUUUUUUGUGGAGAAAAGGCAUGCUAUGACAUGGUUUCACUGAAUAAAAAGACUUUUAUUUAAGGGUUUAGAGCUUUUAAAGACAUGGAAAUUGAUCCACCCUAAUGUCUCUAUAUAUAUGUUCUAAAAAAAGUCUCUAUAUAUACACUCAAGUACUCAACGUCGGUUCAUUAUUUUGUUUUAUUUAGAAAGAUAAUUCCAUCUACAAUAAAGAUAAUUCAUUGUUUUGUUUUAUUUUAUUUAGAAAGAUAAUUCCAUCUAUAGUAAGGAUAAUUCAAUAAACAACUAUGAAUAAGGGAACUAGAGUAUUAGAAAUCUUUGUCUUAUAUAUAGUUGACCGUGUAAUAAUUAUCAAGUUGUCCAUAAACAAAAUAUCAUCUAUACAAAAUACUUUAAUAAGUUUCGUGCUGUGUAAACAAAAUAAAACCUAAUCAUAGUUAGCAUGGCGAAAAGGCGAGGGAAACGUAGCCGUCGACAACGUCGUAUAUUAAACCCCCACCGCAAAAUCCAACAAGUUAUCGAAGGAGCAGAUUUCAUAAACUCUAUGCCAGAUGAGAUCCUCAACCCCCACCGCGAAAUCCAACAAGUUAUCGAAGGAGCAGAUUUCAUAAACUCUAUGCCAGAUGAGAUCCUCAACCAUAUUCUAUCCUUUAUUCCCAUCGAUCUCGCCAUCAGAACUUCCGUCUUGUCCAGACGGUGGAGGCAUGCAUGGUGCGAAUUACCUUGUCUCCACCUUAGAACGACCGCUAAGGGGAUAGACCAAACCUUGCUUUCCUACAGGAGACUGAAAAUCAUGAGUUUUAAACUUUGUGUGACCCAUGAAGUCACUGAGCCCCAGUUUAAUAGCUGGGUCGAGUUCGCUAUGUCUCGCAAUGUGGGGGAGCUGUCUCUGACCGGCCUUUUAUUUGUUUACGAGACUUAUAAUGGUUUCCCGGAUUGCUUCUAUCUUAGUUCCUCCUUAAGGCAACUCAAUUUGGUGGGUUUUGAUAUGCGUCCUGGAUGCACUGUGUCUUGGAACUUCCUAAGGAGGUUGACAUUGAGUUGUUGUAGUCUCUAUGAUGAAUCUAUUGCUAAUAUUCUCUCUGGCUCUCCAAAUCUUGAAACCUUGCAAUUGUUUUACUGUGAUGGUUUACUUAAGCGUCUUGAUCUGAGUAAAUCACCGAGUCUGAGUGCACUAGAAAUAUAUGGCUGGUCCGAGCGUUCAGGGCAGAUGGAGAUUGUAGCGCCGCACAUCCAUUAUUUGAAUUUGAAAAACUCUGAUGUGGGACCAUGUACUUUAGUGGAUGUCUCCUCUCUCGCCGAUGCUAUCCUUCGCAUUGGCUUGAACAGGUACCGUCCUUUCAUGGCUGGUUUUCAACAAUAUGCUGAUGUUCUUCAGACCAUGGUGCUUAAGAUGCUAGCAAAAUUGCAAAACGUAGAGAGGCUUACGUUUCGUGGGGGAUACCUUCUUCAGAUUCUAUCUCUCGCCAUGCUCUGUGGUGUUCGUUUACCGAAGCUCAAGGUCCAAACUUUAACUGUUCAGACAAAUUUUGCUCGAUCUGUUAUUCCUAGCAUAGCAAGGUUACUACAAAAUUCACCUGGAUUGAAGAAUCUUGAAGUACACGCAACAUACGUGAGCUAUAUCGAGGAUGCUGAUUUGGACGAGUAUUUAAGAAUAUCUCAUGGCUUGGAUUCAGACACAUGUUGGAGAUCAAAGCAUGAGGUGUUUCCUACCCAUGAGACUCUUAGGUUCAUGUCGGAUUGUAAUGGUGCAAAGAUGAGACUCUUAGGUUCGUUCCUGAGAUUGGUGCUGAGAAACGCAAAGAGACUAGAGAAGAUCGUUGUAUGGCUGGGAGAUUCUUACUUUAGUGAUGAACAAAUGGAGCGGCUUCUGAUGGUUGGGACACUUUCUCCAAACAAUAAUGUCUCCAUUGAGUUCAAAUGACGCAAUUGCUAAAAAAGACUUCAUUAUUGUUUUGUUUAGUAGUCUUAAUUUUAACUAGAUUUUGAUUCGCGUUUUAAAGUGCGGGAUUUGAUUCUUUGAUAAAUAUUUUAUUUUAUAUAGUCUAUAAAUUUUAUAUUAUAUUAUGAUUUAUGAAUCAUUAUUACUAUGCUAAGCAGUGAAGAGGUAUCAUCAUCCCAUGAUGUAUACUCGCUUACGGCUAUGCUAAGCAGUACAGAGGUAUCAUCAUCCCAUGAGGUAUACUCGGGCACGUUACUUAUUUUAGUAGAAAAGGGCAUGGACACCUGAAGCGACAUUUGAGCUGCAAAUUUGAACCGAGUUCAGAUAAAACACAGUCUAACUUCUUUUGUAGUAGA